UCUCUCCUCCCUCUGAGGGGUUGGCCUAUGAUAUUGAUAUAUAAAGUGGAUCUGGUACAGGAUGUGAGCAGAUGAAGCGUCGCCUGCUGUCAUGGCUGCUUCAGCGUCUGUAACUCUCGCUGUGUUGAUGCUGUUGUCUCCGGCUGCAGCAGACCGAACAGAAGUAAAAGCAGCGCCCGGAGAUGAUGUCACUCUUGAGUGUAGGGGUCCCGCCCCCAUCAGGAAGCUGGUGUGGAAGCGAAACGACACCUACGUCUUCUUCUUCAGAGGAAACCGCUCAAAUGAAAACUUCCAGAAUCCGCUUUUCUACAGUCGAGUGACGCUGAGGGACCCUCUGUUGAAGGACGGAGACGUUUCCAUCUUACUGAAGAACGUCCAAGUCACCGACACCGGGACGUACGACUGUCGGGUCUUAAGUGGCGGCCGCAGUAAGAGAGACGCCGGGGGUAUCCAGUCGGUGAGGCUGAUCGUCACAGAGACAGGUCCUGAGAGGAACCACCGUGGACAUCUUGGACUGCUGUGUGUGAUGUGUGUGAUAUGUGUGAUGUGUGUUGUUUUCAUUUCCAUCACUAGAGUAUUCAUGAAGAAGAGGUCGGAGAUGCUUGAGAUCCCAUUGUGAAAACACACUUUUAGAAUGUGUGAAAGCUUCUUUAGUUUCAUGUGUUUCAAACUUUGUCUCAGCAGGUAAAAGACUCUGGAGAGAGUUCAGACACUGAGGACACGAAGCUGCUGGCACUUUCCUUCAACAGUUAUUAUGCUAAGUGUCCCUUAUCAUAUAUGAUUAUUAUCACUGACGCACGUCUGCAGUGUUUCAGUGUUAUAAUACAAUAUAUGAGUGAUGCACCUGUAACGAGGUACUUCAGAGUUAUAAUACAUUUUAUUUACAAGCGCACUUUUCACUUGAAUAAACAAAAGUCAAAGUGCUUCAGAGUAAAUGGUGAAGCAGAAUGUACAUUAGAACUUCAGGUAGACAGACGAGGCAACAGGAAGAGGGUUCUGUUAAUAAGAUGGUUUAAAACACACGGUGUGUGUGUGUCCUCGGGAUGUCAGGGAGCAGCGGAGCAGGAGGCUCCAUCUCCCAGGGUUUGGAGCUUGGUCCUGGGGGGUGGAGGAGGUUUGUGGGGUGAGCAGUUCUCUGAGGUAGGACGGAGCAGUUCUGUGAGUGAUGGAUGUAAAGGGAGAUUUUAUAAUCAUUCCUGAGGGAGAUGUGUUCAGGAUCCUAACGGCGCUGUUUGGAUUUGUGCUAUGAAUCCCGAUGAGAAGUGCGUUGCAGUAGUCAAGAGGAGACUCAGGCGUGGACACAGGGUGGGCGGAGCUUAGCAACGUUUCUGACGUGGUAGAAGCACACAUCCUUGAGGGACACCACAGGUGAUCUUCUCACUCGUUCACUGGCACUUUAUUGUGCUGGUGGUCUGGUGGUACGCCUUCCAAACAGAAUACCAGAAGGUUGUGAGUUCAACACCAGACCCUGAGCAAGGUACUCAGCCCCGAGCUGCUCCAGAGUCUGUCCCUGUAGAAGUGUUACUCAUUGCGUGACUCGUCAAGCUUUAAUUGGAGGCUCGCGGGUCAGUAGGUGAAAUAAAGGGGUAAUAGAUGUGAUUAUGGAGUCAAUACAGAUAUUGCAUAAAAACAAGCAGGUCUGUUACAUACAACCCAUUAAAACACAGUGUCUGAUCUAUUAGCCUACAAAUAAUAUAUAAUAAUUAUUGAUAAAAGAUGCAAAUAUCGACCAGAAACAAGAUAUUGAAACUUGCUCGCCCGACACUGAGUCUGAGUCUAUCAGCUCUACAAUGGUGAAUGUGCUCUUGGACGGGCAGAUACAUGGUGGGCUAGUAUAGAAGAAGAAAACAUGUUAUCAUCAGCAUGCUUAUGAAUAUGGACAUUUG